CAAUUAGAGUUUAUCGUCCUGGGCACGAUUCUGCCUCCCUGUAACUUCACUCAGAUCUGGAGUCUGGAAUGACGCUGAAUAGGUUCCAUCUCUUUUCUACACUGCAGUCUCCAAGCACUUAAGGCGGCUGUCAGGUCCUCAGCCCAUUCGAGGACCUUACGCCUCCUUACUGGAGUCCCCGCUCAGCCAACUCUUCCUCGCAAGCCACCAGCACAGAGAGCGAGCAAGAACGGAGAAGAGGCUGCUAAACAGGCUUGCACUAGCGACUAAAAAAAGUCACGGCACUGAAAUGAAAUGUUUCCAAAAUGGAGUAAUUUAUAACUCCACUAAAUUAUAACUUCGGCGCUGAACUGUAACAGCCCACCUUUCAGAACUUCCCGGGGUUGCUCUGCUGCCCCCUUCCGGCGCCGCGAUGCACUCCGGGCGUUAGCGCUGGCGGUGGGGCUGUGCUCUCCCCGCACAGAGGAGUGGGAACGGGAGAUAAUCCGUCCCUCCCGGGGAAAAGCCACGAGUUGCUGUCGUGCUGCGGGAGAGAAAUCCGAGGCGAGAAACAGAGAAAGGAAGCGUGCGGCCAGGAGCAGGGGUCCCACAAGUGAAGAGGAGCCCGUGAGAUGUAGCCCUGAACCCCGAUGACCCCACAGUGGCCGAGUUCGGCCCAGUUCGGGAUCUGGCUCUUCAAUAAGCUCAGGAGGGAAGAGUUGCGGCCCCUGGCCAGAUGUGAGGUCCACACCACCCCUGAGAAGAAGAUUCCACCGGCUUCCAAAGGAUAUUUACAUACUGCAUCCCUGAACUUUGUCGGUGAGCAAGAGCAAUGCCAGGAGGUGUGGAGAAGGCAUGUCAUCGGUGCAUUUCUAAAAUUGCCAGCAAUGCCUGCUUCAUUGUUCUGCUCUUCACUUUCCUGGCGCUGCCGCUGUCCAUGGCCUUCACAGGAAUGAAGUUUCUGGAGGACUGUCCCAUACAGCCCCUCAUCCCUCUAUAUUUGCUGGUGGGUGGGAUCAUCGGGGCCUUAAAGGUGUCUCUCCUGCUGUACGACUCCACCCGGAUGAGGCGGCUUCUGUCCAAGGCCGUGGUGAUCGAUGACGAUGACGACGAUGAGUACCCCUGGAGGCAGAACGCGCACAAGUAUUACCUCCACCUGCUGCUCAGCCUCUUCCUCUUCCUCUGGUUCCUUCUGGGAAAUUACUGGGUCUUUUCUGUUUACCUGCCUGAGUUCAUUCCCCCUUUCCAGCAGCCUCAGGAGUACUGUGACAAAACCCUGUACCUCUUUGCGGUAGGGGUCCUCGUGCUCAGCCACACCGUGCUGGUCCUACUCGUCCUGGGCAGCAGCUGUGUCUAUGUGUGGUCCAGGUGGAGGUCUGUGGCCGAGGAAGACUGAAAACUGUCCCCCUCCCUGGCACACGCAGGCACACAUAUGCACACACACAAAUACAUGCACACACAUGCACAAAUACACACAUGCACACAUACAUGUGCACAAAUACAUACACACAUAUACACAUGCACAAAUGUGCAUGCAGGUGCACACACACAAAUACGCACCACACAUGCACAAAUACACAUGCACACACACAUGCACGUAUACACAUGUACACACGCACACAUGCACACACACAAACAUGCAUGCACACAUACACAAAUACAUGCACAUACAUGUACAUGCACACACAUGUACACACAUGCAAAAUACACAUGCAUACACAUAUACACAUGCACAAAUACACACACUGUUGCAGAAGAGAGGCAUGCUGUAAAGGCAAUAAAACCUUCCCUGCAGGCAUUUAAGAAACCACCAAAAUGCUCUGAGUGUUCUAGCAGACUAGAGAAGCGCUUGCCUGCCUGGACCUGGGAAAGGCCCUUUUGCUCUUUUCAGAGCCAGGAUUUUGUAUUCAUAAGCGUUUUCACAGUUGUUUUUUUUUUAAGGGGACGAGGCAAAGAAUGGGAGAGCUUUUCAAAUCACCGUUGCAGUUCCAGUGACUGAUGAGAGCGAAGUUUGUUCUUGUUACCGCUGCUACCACUGGGCUGUCAUUCAGCUCCAGGGAACCUUGAAGUUAUAGAAAGAGCACAGACACAUCUUGGCUUUACUUGCCAGGGCGGCUUUUGUUAUGAAAAGGAGAAAGGUGCUCUUAUUUAAUGAGUCCAGCUGCCUCUGGGGAAAGUUAAGAAGCACAUUCUCCCAACCCCAGAUCAGCUGGGUUCGCUCUGACAGGUGGCAGGUAUCCCAAGGACAGUUAUAAAAUCUGCCAAGGUCAGUAAGCAGAUUUCCCGUCCGGGCUGUGGUCCGGCCCACCUGCCUGGCAUCGCAGAGAGAGCAUUCCUGUCACAGUGAGCUCUGAAUGGUACUCUCGCAGAUUCUUUGCAUGGCCUUGAGUCUGCUUCUUUCCCUGCUUAUCUGUGUACAUCUCUCUGAUUCGCUGAUGGCAUAAACCAGUUCUGUGUGUUUUGA